AAGGGAUUUACUAAAAGUGCAUCGUAGUUGACGCGGCCAUCUUCACGUGUUUCCGUUUUGUCACAAGUGACGAGACUGCAUUCCUUCAUCCGUCCACUAAAUCGAGAUUUCUAGGGAUGAUACACUCGUGUCCACUAACGUGUCCUUACAUCUAUUAGCUUCGGGAUCAUGUUUUAUUUUGUUUGUAUAUAAUGUUUAUUUUUUUGGCAUUGGAUUUGUUUAAAACGUUAUAAGCGUAUGUGAUAACUAAAAUAUACAAAUAAAAACAAAUACAGAAGAACUUUAAACUUGGGUGACCUGGACAACGAGAUGAAGGCGGGGAGCAGCGGGGAGAAGGCCCCGGGCUCCGGGAACAACCCCCUGGAGCAGUUUGUGCUGCUGGCGAAGUCCGCGAAGGGGGCGGCGGCCGUGGAGCUGGUGAAGCAAGUGCUCGAAGCACCGGGCGUGCACGUCUUCGGGGAGCUGCUCGACAUGCCCAACAUUGCAGAGCUGGAGAAGGGGCCGAGCGCCGGCUACCACCAGGCGCUGCACCUGUUUGCGUACGGCACGUACCGGCAGUACCUGGAGGGCGCGGCGCGGCUGCCCGAGCUGACGCCCGCGCAGAGGAAGAAGCUGCAGCACCUCACCAUAGUGACGCUGGCCACGCGCACCAAGUGCAUCCCCUACGCCGUGCUGCUCCGCGAGCUGGACAUCAGGAACGUGCGCGACCUGGAGGACCUCAUCAUCGAGGCCAUCUACGCAGACAUCAUCCAAGGCAAGCUGGACCAGAAGAACAGCCAGCUGGAGGUGGACUACGCCAUCGGGAGGGACAUCCGGACCUCGGACGUUGGCAGCAUCGUGUCCACCCUGCAGGAGUGGUGCGACUCGUGCGAGGCGGUGCUGGCCUGCGUCGAGGACCAGAUCAUCAGGGCUAACAACUUCAAGAACAGGAAGCUGAAGCACAAGGAGAUUCUCGAGCAAGAGAUUGUGAACAUCAAGAAGACCCUGAAGGCCCAGACGCAGGACCACGACGAGGUGAUGGCGACGGACUCGCGCGAGGCGGUCGCGCAAGCGGGCGACAAGGGCAAGAAGGUGGUCAAGGCCAAGGGCCUGCGGGGCAGCAGCAAGUUCUGGCAGAAGUAGGCCAUCGCCUGCACGUCUCCCGCCUCUCGCGUCCAGUUGCAUACACGACACAACAAGUGCUUGUUUCUGAAAUCUGUCACUCCUUGUUAAGUCGUAUUGUCUAAAUAAAAAAAAAUUACUCUACUUGUAUUUGGUUGUUGUAUUAAAUAUGAAGACUGAAAAAAAUGUUGUAUGGCUUAAAAAAAAAAUUACUGUUUUAUAAAAA